GUUUGUGCUCCUCUAACAGCAGACGCUGAGGCUUGUUGCUGGAACCUCUCAAACCUCGCCUCAUGCUUUGUGAGUGCUGAGGAUGGAUCAAUGGAGUGUAUAGACUUCCGUCGUGCAUCAACAGGCCCUUCCUCUGCUGCUGCUGCUGCUGAUCCAUCAGGUGCUGCUGCUGCUGCUGCUGCACCUCGUUUAUGGCGUAUAGCAGCACAUACAGCAGCAGCAACAGCACUGCAGCAGCAGCAGCAGCUACCAGGGUUGCUGAUGAGUUGCGGCCUUGAUGAGACAGCUAGGGGUCCACUGUUUAGCUGCCGAGGAAGCGAAGAAAAAGGAAUAUUUGGGUUUGGGGGUUCGCAAGUUGUUAUAUGGGAUAUAGGAGACACAGAGCAUAUAGCUAAAGCAUUUAACCUCUAA